AUGCGAUUGGACGACUCACCCUCUGGCCGGCCUCCCACACAAGAGGCUGCUUCGGUACCUACCGACGCUCUGGGCGACCGACCGACGGGCCAAUUUGAAGUGGAACAUCUUUCCACAACUCUUGGACGGAGGACUUGGUUGGCAGGCCGACCGUUAGAGCCAGCUUCCAGUCGUGCAUUCGGGCUCAGGCCAACUUUCUCGCUCGAGACUGGGCAUCCUCGGCCGAAUUCGGCUAACCUUGUGUGCGAAGCAAGGCCUACACUCACAUGA